AUGGCACAUGGGUUAACUAAAACACACAUCUUAGCAUGGAGUUCGGGAUUGCAGAGCAAGGCAACGGAAAAGGAACUAGAAGCUGCUGAAGAAACCGAAGAGAAAUUUUCGCGAGAGAGCAAGCUCAUCAAUCAUCAAAACUGCAUCAUUCGCAAGCCGAUCGCUAUGAAUACAGCACUGACGGAGCGCGUCAAGCAGCUGGAGAGUCGCAUCACUACUCAAGACGAUACCCAGGAGAUUUUGCCAUCUUCAGGGCAAGAAGCGGGAGCGCCAAAUAUUCGUGGCGAUGGUGGUAACAAGACAAAGACCUGCGGGGCAAACGCGCUUCUAAAAGCCCAUCUACCAUUUUGGUCCGAAUGCUAUGCCAAAACUCCGCGAAUGUGGGAAGUAUGCGAUGACCGGCAGAAAAACUCUGCUUACAAGCAGACUGAAAGCUACAUGAAGCUCUUUCUGCCGAAGAGCUUCGUGUUAGAUCCAUCAACACCAGGGUACUGUGACGGGAUUGAGGCUGAAGCUCAGCUUGUCAAGUUCUUUUUGGGCAUGGGAUCAAGCACAAGAACGGAUCAUCUGUGGUGA